GUUCACGCCACCACCACAAAAUUUUCAUUUCAAUCAAACCCUCAGCGCAUACAAAUGGCUCCAAGUUUCGAUAAUGAGAACUCCCUCUUUAACUUUGCCGUCCGAGAUGGAAAUGGUGUCAAAGGAAUAGUGGACUCCGGCAUAUCAACCGUGCCGCCGGCUUAUAUUCAACCUCCAGCCGAGCAAAUUGAUAAGAACAAUGCAAGCAUAUGUGACAUACCACCCAUUGAUUUGUCAAAGCUUGAUGGUCCUGACCAUGAUGAAGUGGUGAACCAAAUUGUUAGAGCUGCUGAGACUCUUGGAUUCUUCCAAGUUAUCAAUCAUGGAGUUCCGGUAGAAUUACUCGAGUCACUUAAGCAGACCGCGCAUAACUUCUUCGGUUUGCCGGCCCAAAGAAAGGCUGUUUAUCGCAGAGAAGUGAGUCCAUCUCUAUUGGUGAAUUACGGAACGAGUUUUUUACCUGAGAAAGAAAGAGCAUUGGAAUGGAAAGACUACAUUAGCAUGUCUUACACCAAUGAUGAUGAAGCUAUUCAGCAGUGGCCUGUAGAGUGCAGGGAUGAUGCCCUUCAAUACUUGAAGACAUCACAUGAGCUGGUGAGGAAAUUGAUUCAAGCUUUGUUGGGAAAUCUAGGAGUGAAACUAGAUGAAUCAAAUAUCGACACAUUCAUCCAAAAGAAGACAGUUAAUAUGAACUUUUAUCCGACAUGUCCUAAUCCUGAACUCACAGUCGGUGUAGGACGUCAUUCCGAUAUCGGUACUCUAACAGUCUUAUUACAAGAUGGGAUUGGUGGUUUGUAUGUAAAAGUUCCUGAAGAAGUAGACACCGAAAAGAAAGGAGAAUGGGUAGAGAUUCCUCCUACUCCGGGUGCCCUAGUCAUCAAUAUCGGUGAUACCUUGCAGAUAUUAAGUAACGGAAGGUACAAAAGUGCAGAGCAUAGAGUCCGCACAACAAGCACAAAAUCAAGGGUGUCAAUUCCACUAUUUGCAGGGCCAGAACCAACACAAAAGGUUGCACCAUUGCCUCAAUUGGUGAAGAAAGAUGGAGUGGCUCACUACAGAGAAUUUGUGAUGUUAGAUUACAUCAAAAGCUUUUUUGGAAACCCCCAUGACGGUAAGAGAUCUCUUGAUUUUGUAAAAACCAACUCCGCGUGAAGAAUACAUCUGUUGUAGCCUCUGGCUUUAGCACAAAUGC